GCAGUAGGCGCGGAGGAGAACAAGACACAGAGGGAGAUUGGGAGAAGGAAUGGCUCAAGCUCUGGCCAUGGCGAAACCUCUCGCACCUUCAUCAUCGGUGCUUCGUAAAGGAGGGGACCCAUCUUCUCCUUCACCCUCCAACACUCUGAGCAUCCAAUGCGCUCGUGUUGGGGGCGUUGAAAUCCCAGACAACAAGCGGAUCGAGUACUCUCUGCAGCAUAUCUACGGCAUCGGCCGAACUCGAGCUCGCCAGAUACUCUGGGAGGUUGGCCUGGAGAACAAGGUCACCAAGGACUUGACCGAAGAGGAACUCACCACCCUUCGUGAAGAACUCUCCAACGAAGUAACCGUGAAGGGUAGGAAAGAGAAGAAAUACAUGAUCGAAGGUGAACUGAGAGCUUUCAACGCGCUCAAUAUUAGGAGAUUGAUUGAGAUUCAGUGCUACAGAGGAACCCGGCAUCAGAAAGGGUUGCCUUGCAGAGGGCAGCACACGAGGAACAACUGUCGGACGUUGAAGGGUAAGAGGGUUCCUGUUGCGGGAAAGAAGAAGGCCACUCGUUAACAAUUCGACAACUGUUUUCAUGAAUCCCUUUAUUCGAAUGAGAUUGUUKGGAGAUUGGAUCACUUGGUACGGUUAUAGUCUCUACGAAUAGUGUUUUCAGAGGGUUUUGUAAUUGUGACAAGUGAUAUUCCCUUUCGAUCUUCAUAUCCGGGUUCAGUAACCUUUUCUUCUGGGUCACUUCUAUCUGGGUUCUGUUAACUUUUUUUUUCCUUCUGGAUCACUCCAUGGUGUAUGUGUCUGUUUCUAUAACUAGUGAAUGUGAACUAUGAACUUCUUAGUAAUUUUCCAUUGUGUGUAUGUGUUUGUUUCUA